AUGUUUAACUCAACCAGGCUUCCCUACAUAUUGGGAGCCGCAGCCGGCGGAAUCGCGGCGGGCGUUUACGUUGCCUGGUCUAUCUUCGCCCGUUUCAGCUUCAUCGCCGCGCUCAACGACCGAUCCAUCGUGGAGCCGCACGUGAUGAUUGUGCUGGGCGCGGCGGCGGCGCUGAUUGCUUUUCCACUAGGAGCAGCAGCAGGUCUCGGCGUUACCGCCAUCGUAAUCCGCAUCGUCGAUUAUGCGCGGCGCUCCCGCGAUUCCGCAGACGGCAAUGCUCACAGCUCAUGGGUAACCCGCCGCAAUUCCGGCGGCGACUGA